ACAGGAAUGAAGCUGUGCCUCUAUAUCGGAGUGGCAGUCUCUCUGUUGGUGACUGCUGUACUGGCAGGUCCAGUGGAGGACUACCCUGUGGAAAUGGACUCUCAGGAUAUGACCAGUGAUGGACAGUCAGAGAUGGACGAGGACUACAAUGCUUUCCUGGAAUCCUAUCUUCGGAGAGACUUUGAAUCACAGGGUGAUGUGCCAACUGCACAAGACGAUAUUCGACAAGGAAUGGAUGACGCAUUUCUCAUGGCAGAGCCAAGGCUACCACCAAAAUCAGCAGCAGACCUGAAGCAUCAACUUUUGAAUCGUCCCAAACAGCGA